GCCUGCUCUGGUUGGGUUGGUACGGUUCAGGCAAAAUUAGUGGAAUUGGUUAGGGUUAGGGUAAGAAUAUGUCAGGGUAAGCCAAUCAGAGGCAGAGUAGGGCGGGACAUGACUUCGCCAUCCUGUGAAAAAACGCACAUCUCCCCUCCGGGCGGCGGGGCUACUCCUACUCCGGCUACUCGCUCUCUCUGCUGCUCUCUAGUCUCUUCCUGGAUUUGAAGUCCAUAGCUGAUACGUUCUGAAGAUGAGCUACCCAGGAUACCCUCCUCAGUCCGGUGGAUACCCACAACAGCCAGGGGGUUACCCAUCUCAACCAGGGGCAUAUCCACCCCAAGCAGGCGGCUACCCUCCUGCAGCAGGCGGCUACCCUCCAGCAGCAGGGGGCUACCCCCCACAGGCAGGCGGAUACCCCCCACAGGCAGGCGGAUACCCACCUCAGGCUGGCGGCUACCCUCCCGCAGCAGGAGGCUACCCCCCACAGGCAGGCGGAUACCCACCUCAGGCUGGCGGUUACCCUCCUGCAGCAGGCGGUUACCCUCCUGCAGCAGGUGGUUACCCUCCCCAGGCCGGUGGCUACCCUGCCCCAGCUGGAGGCUUCCCUCCCCAGGCAGGAGGAUACCCAGCACAGUCUGGAGCAGGAGGCUAUCCUUCCAUGCCCCCAGGAGGUGGAGGCUGGGGUGCAGCACCAGGCGGCCAUGGAGUGCCAGGAGGGGCUCAGCAGGGAUACCCAGGGGGCCCCGCCCCAGGCCAGCCCAUGCCAAAUUACCCAGGAGCCCCCGCAACUAACCCCUCAAUGCCUGGAUAUGGAGGUGGAGCUCCGUCCAACCCUCAGGCACCUGCCAUUUCCCAAGGAUACAGGGGUUCUAUGAAAGACUUUCCAGGAGCUGAUCCACUGAGGGAUGUUGAGGUUCUUCGAAAAGCUAUGAAGGGUUUUGGCACUGAUGAAAAAGCCAUUAUUGAACUUCUGGGAAGUCGUACCAACAAGCAGAGGGUUCCAAUGGUAGCAGCGUACAAAACAACUUAUGGGAAGGAUUUAUGCAAAGAUCUGAAGUCUGAGCUCACUGGAAACUUUGAGAAACUUGUUCUUGCUAUGAUGAAGAGCCCUGCACACUUUGAUGCAUCUGAACUCAGAGAGGCUAUAAAGGGUGCAGGAACUGAUGAAGCUUGUCUGAUUGAGAUUCUUUCAUCACGCUCCAAUGCAGAAAUUCGGGAAAUCACCAGAAUCUACAAAGCUGAGUACGGGAAGAGCCUGGAGGACGCCAUCAGCAGCGACACCUCCGGUCACUUCCGCAGACUUCUGAUCUCUCUCUCUCAGGGUAAUCGUGACGAAAGGGAGGCGGUUGAUGUUGCCAUGGCCAAACAGGAUGCUCAGAAACUGUAUGCUGCUGGGGAAAAUAAAGUAGGAACUGAUGAGUCUCAGUUUAAUGCCAUCCUGUGUGCUCGCAGCAAGCCUCACCUUCGAGCAGUCUUCCAGGAGUACCAGCAGAUGUCUGGGAGAGACAUUGAGAAGAGCAUCUGCAGGGAAAUGUCUGGCAAUGUGGAGUCUGGCAUGGUGGCUGUGGUGAAAUGCAUCAGGAACACCUCUGCCUACUUUGCCGAAAGGCUCUACAAGGCCAUGAAGGGAGCAGGGACCAUGGACACAACCCUCAUCCGCAUCAUGGUGUCCCGCUCUGAGGUAGAUAUGUUGGACAUCAGACAGGCGUAUGUGAAGGCUUACGGAAAAUCACUGUACACUGACAUCUCAAGCGAUACCUCCGGGGAUUACCAGAAGCUGCUGUUGAAGCUGUGUGGCGGUAACGACUAAAAGAAAAGGAAGAUAACCCUUCAUAAGGACAAAAUAUAUGUCCACACUAAAGUCAUUGUUUUAGGACCAUAUAUCACCUCUGAUGCAUGCAGCUGAAGUUAGUUUUCGUAUGAAAACAGCCAAUCAUUAUCAUUACUUUUGUAUUCAAAAAGUAAAUAUAUAUUAAUAAGAAGAUUUUUUUUUUUUUUUAAAGACACAGAUAGCUUUGUCAUUAUUGGGUAAAAGGUGGGGUCCUGAAGCAAAAAGUGGGUGCCUGAAAAUCUCCUAUUUGAUAAAGAAAUUAACUAUAUAACUAUACUAACUAUAUUAUAGAAUAGUAUUUAAAAUGGCCAAAAAAAUGCUAAACUGUAAUUAUCAUUAAAGAGAACCUUAUUUGGAAGAACAAUAGUUUCAGAAAAAUUGAAGUACAACAAGGCAAGUGUCUCAUUUAUCUAAUAUACAAAGUACAUAUAUAGGGAAAUAUUUAACACAUUAAUUACUUCUGUGUUACUGAGGUGAAGUGUACCUCACUGCCAAGAAUUUCAACUGUACAUGUACAUAUACUGAGACUAAGUUUCAGCAAAUUACGCAUGAGUGAAUUUCACCCAGCAUAUAUUUGACCAUUUAAUGCUUGUUAAAUGUGCCACAAUUAAAUUCCAGGUAAUUUUUUGAAUGUAAGAAGUAAUCUGCAACAAAAAGGCAUCUCCUCUAUUUUCAGUGUCCAUGUUAUCUAACCAGAAUUUUACUCCUGCUUGCAACUCUAUGCAAAUUAGCUUUUCACAUUAUAUCCUCUAUAUCAGCUUUUCAAAACUCUUGUGUUCUUGAAAUGAAAACCUUUUCCAGUCAUUGUUCAACAUGUGCAGACAAUGUUGCCUUUUUCCUGAAUGCUGAAAAGCCAAAGCCUAAAGACAGAUGAUGUUGUGCCUUGUGGUUUAGCUUGCAAACAAUGUAUAAUUAUACUUGCACGGCUGCAGAAAUGUAAUCCUUUACACUGUUUAGUUGUCAAUAUUGUGUUUACAUUUUCAUAGUCCUUUACUGGUUUGUAUGUUUUACUGCCUGUAGAGGGCACUUGAUUCUGCUGCCAGUUUGGCUUUAAGCUGAAUAUCUGUUGCACUAACUCUACUUUGCAAGCAUACUUUUAACAUAAUGAUGUUUAAAAUUCAACUGAUGCCUUUUUAAUGAUCUAACAUAUUGCCAUGUCAGAGUCCCAGUCUCCUGAGAUUUACAAACAGCCACUUUUCAUUUAAAUAAAAAAAACAAAAACAUUUUGGCAUA